GCUGGAUGUUGCUAGAGUGCGUAGCAUCGCUUGUCCGUGUAAAUAUCUCCGAGUACCAGAGAAGCGCACAAGUUGCAGGCAGAGCAGCUCAGACGAGAAGACCAUGACCCAAGGAAAGGUUUCUGUCAAUAAUAAAGGUGCAGGAAAUGGGGGAGGACAAGUUGAGACACAGACAAACACUCCUGCACCCCCAUCGUAUGAGGAAGCUACGGGCCUUAAUGGGAAGAAAGGUGAUUUUCUUCAACCAUCACCUCCAAUAGCCAUGCGAUCCCUCUGGACACACGAGGAUAUGAGCAGCAGCCCUGGGUGCAGUAGUGCAACAUAUUCUGGAGAUACAGAAAUGCUGACGUCAAUGAGCUGGGAUGACGAGAGGGUGAGAAGAGCAUUUAUAAGGAAGGUUUAUUCCAUACUUAUGGUCCAGCUAUUAGUCACUAUUGCAAUUGUGGCUUUGUUUACAUUCUGUGAACCCGUGAAGGAGUAUGUUCAGGCAAACCCUGGAUUGUACUGGGCUUCUUAUGCUGUUUUCUUUGUCACAUACCUGGUUCUGGCCUGCUGCACAGGUCCAAGGAGGUAUUUUCCAUGGAACCUUAUCCUUCUCUGCGUCUUUACUCUGUCCAUGGCUUAUAUAACAGGAAUGCUAUCCAGCUAUUACAAUACGAAGUCUGUUAUCCUGUGUCUUGGAAUUACUGCCCUGGUCUGCCUGGCAGUCACCUUGUUCAGCUUUCAAACGAAGAUAGACAUCACUUCAUGCCAAGGAGUUCUGUUUGUGCUAGUCAUGGUUCUUUUCUUCAGUGGGCUCUUCCUUUUCAUUCUAAUCCCCUUCCAAUAUAUUCCCUGGCUUCAUGCUAUUUAUGCUGUGCUUGGGUCCAUUGUCUUUACCAUGUUCUUGGCAUUUGAUACACAAUUGCUGAUGGGAAGUAGACGCUACACUCUCAGUCCUGAAGAAUAUAUCUUUGGAGCGCUCAACAUUUACCUAGAUAUAAUUUACAUUUUUUCAUUUCUCCUUCAGCUCUUUGGCUCAACCCAGGAUUGAAACAAUACUUAUUAAAUGUCUUUUUACACAUACA